UUAAACCAUAUUUUCAUCUCUUCUUUUCUUCCAAGACUAAAAUGGCUUCCACUCACAACCUCUAUAUCUUUGUUUCUCUUGUGACUAUAACUGCAUUGGUCUCAUCAAUGGUUGAGUCCAGAUCACUCCCUAACGCUUCUUCGAGCCUCACGGUUCGGUUGAAGCUCGAGGGCGAACCCUCCAACUGUUGGGACUCACUAUGGCAACUCCAAGCAUGCAGUGGUGAAAUUGUAACGUUUUUUGUCAAUGGUGAGACUUACCUUGGACAUGGUUGCUGCCAAGCAAUUAGGGUUAUUGGACACGAUUGUUGGCCCAACAUUGUUGCGUCUCUAGGAUUCACCAAUGAAGAGACUGAUGUGUUGGAGGGUUAUUGUGAUCAAGCUGUUGAUUCUCCUUCACCACCAUCUAUAGUAGUUGACUCAAAAGAUGACAUUGUUCCAUAAAGGAAGUUACUUUGGUCUUGUUGGUUUCCAAUAAAUAAUUAACUAAUAAGGGUCUUGUUUUGUUUUUUCUUCUCAAUUUUGUAUGUUGCAACGGAUAUGGGAAACACAUGCAAUAUUCUGAAUCAAUUAAUGAUAUGAUAUGCAAACAGGGUUGUGUGUUUUCUAUGAAUAAAAGGUUGUUGCACAUCGGCAU